CAGAGUAUAUGAAUAUGGUUCAUUUUGGAUAAAAUAUCAAUCCAGCGGAAACAAUGGAUGAUAUGCAGGCCUGUAUAGAUUCGAAAGCCAGUGUGGAUGCUAAUCCUGAGAUUAAUGGUGUUGUAUGUGUCAUAGAAUCAUCAUUAUGUGAUGUAAUCCCGCCAUCUGAGAAACCUAAUUCGCUUGGUAAUGAUCAAGGAAAAUCAUUGCUAAAAAGUUGUUUGACGUACAUAGACAAGACAUCGACGAAUAAAGACAUCAAUAUAGAAUGUCCAGUACUGUUUAAUGAGGAACCCGUAUCUGACUUUUUUCUUGAUACAUUUAGAUCAGAAAACUUUGACUAUAUAUCUAGCUUUUGUAUUGAAAAGCGAAUGAGGAAUAUAUCUAUCAGUUGUGUCCGUGUUCAUCAUAAAUAUGGAUAUGUAAUUAUGGGCGAACUGUCACAACAAAAACUUGUCAUUUACUAUAAAAAUGGGCAGAAAAUAGAUGAAAUACGGUUAGGAUACCGACCACAAUCUCUUUGCUUAGUUGAUGACGAUACCGUUGCCGUGGCUACCCCACAGGUAGUGUUGAUAAUCAACUUGGUGUCUAAAAGAAAAACACACUUUUCUCUGAAUGACAACUGUCACGGAAUAGCUUGUACUGAUACAAUGAGACUAGUCGUUAACUGUUUAAACCGUGGCCUUGUUAUAACAAAUUUGAAGGGGGAUAUUCUGGAAAUUUUUCCCAGCGUCAGAGGCAAAUUAGUCUUGUGCAAUUUCAUGUGGGAAACGGUAGUAUACGUCCGAAAGUGCUCGGACAACAAAGUGCACUUUCUUGAUUUAACAUUAGAUAAGACAACAAUUAUUACAUGCCGAGGACUUUGUGAAGCAGGUGGUUUAACAUGUGAUGAUUGUUAUAAUGUGUUGGUAUCCUGUGCUAGGAAUAACCGCUUGUUUUCGAUAAACCGAGGAUGUACAACACCUAACGAAGUACAUUUACGUACUCAGAACCCCAAAAUAAACUGGUUCUCUUCACUGGAUUAUCAUACGGAAACAAAUGAACUGUGUUUGAUUACAAACAAUGCACAUUCAUUGUGUGUAUUUGCAGGCAAAAAAACAGUUUGAAUGGGACCAUUAUAAUUUUUGAUUUAUUUGGUUUAUGAGAUUAGCGAUAUUACCUACUUGUUAUGGUUAUUAUUUAUUCUUGAUUAUGUUUUUAUAUCUUGCUAUGGUUAUUACUUGCAUCCUGACUUGUUAUAACUUAAUUCCUGGUUAUUGUAAUUUUUUUCUUCCUGGAUAUGAUUAUAACUGAUUUCCCGGUUAUUAGAUUAAGUUGAAAAGGAGUAUCUCAGGCGCUUCAGGAACGGAAAGGUGAAUGCGGUGAACCUUAUAUUUUACUAGACUUUUGAAUCUUGAAUCUUACAUGCAUUCUUAUGAUUUUACCCUUAUUUGACAAUCUAUUGUAAUUAUGUAGAAUGAUGUUGGUAACAAUAAAAAAAAAGUUAUAUUGAGACCACUUGUUUUUUCAAGGACACACAGACAGAAAUACAAUGUUGUAAUAAUAAGCUCCACUAAACCAUUCAUUUGUUUUGUGCCAUAAAUCAGCUGUUUCUAUUACUAUAUCAUAUUAUGAUUAAUUUUAUUCAUGAUUAUAAUAAAUGUACGAGUAAUGGAUCAUAAAACAAUCAAC